GGAUGGCAGCGUGACAUGGUAACAUGUCCUGUUUCCUGUGUUUGUCCACUCUCAUUACGGACUUCCUGUGCGCAGAGAACAGAGCCCAGUGGUGGACAGAAAAGAAACAAACGAAGCAACGGACCAAACUGCAAGAGAGUCGCACAUACAAUCAGUCCUGAACCACCGUGACAGGAUAGGCCUCGAGAAGGGCAGAACGUAGUCACACAGUAGCAGUGUGCUGCCUUCAAUAGGAAGCAUUUAAUAGAGGAUGUUUUUCCACAGUUUGGCUGUAGCACUUAAUAUUUUAUGAGCUCUAUGAAAUUAAUUUACUUCAAAGUUCUUUAGUCUUGGAAAGGCAGGAGCAGGAUUACCUGUCACUGUUCACACUUCAUGGGAAAAAGGUCUCACUUGAUUGGAACAUGUGAACAAAUGAAGGAGGUUAUGGCAUUUUUAUCCAAAAUACAUGUUGCCAUUUUAUAAGGGAACCCUGUCUCUAUUUCAGAGAGAUAGCUAAACUAGCUAGCAGCUUGUUUGAACUCUGGAUGUGAAACUUAGUGUAAAUACACAUAUCCAUCUGGUGCCAUUAUCUUGAGCAAAUAUAAUUUAUCCUUUUAUUUAUUUGUGAGCAAAGUUGAACAAGCCAAAAAAAACACAACGUAGUCUCUAAGAAAAGGCUUUACCACAGCAAGAGUGUAAAACUAUCUGUUUUUGUGCUAUAGUAAUCAGUAAACAGGUUUAGCAACACUGGUCAGUUUGACCCCAUGGGAGGGAGGAACAGAAAGAGAUAGAGAGAGAGAGGGAAAGAAAGAGAGAGAGAGAGAGAUGGAAAGAAUUGUCAAUAGCCAAUAGCUGCAGGCCAUUGGGACUCGUGCUUGUGAUGGGUGUGCCCUGGUGACUUGACACCAGUGGGGAGGGGCUAGUGAGAGCCUCAGGUGUGUUUGUAUACUUCAAAAACACACACACACACUCACUCACUCACUCAAUAAGUGAGCUUGGCCAAGCAGGAGACAAAAGAAAGAAGCGGAGGGCGCAGAACCGGGAUUGAAGGCUCGCUGCAAACAAGAAAGUGAGAAGCUGUGAGACAAGGAACUUUUUGAAGUCAGAUGACCAGAGCUGCAGAAGACGCUCACUCUGUUUGGAUUCUGAGCGUUUCCAGGAAGCUCCCGCUUCUGUCUGGACUUGUAGGCUCUAAAAGGUAGAGACUUCACCCAUGAAAACGACGUGGUACUGCCCGCUGGACCUGUCGAUGGUGUCUGAAGAGGAAGAGGAUGGAAUCAUGUACACGGUGGUGGUGAAGCAACAGCAUGGCCCCCCUUCUGGUCCUCUGAUCAGAGAGGGACCAACAGGUCUGAUACCACGCUGCCCUUUGCAGUCCCCCAGAUCCCGCUCGCGGUGCGUGAAGGCCGGCACGGAAGAGAAGCUCGUCCUCCACCUCCUGCACGCCUACACUGUGGGCGACUCCUCCUUCGUCUCCAUCUUCCUGUCCACGUACCGCUCCUUUACCACCACGGAGAGAGUGCUGGGCAUCCUCGCUGACAGAUUAGAAAGCCCGCCGGGGGAGAGUACGAGGACGCAGACAAGACAGGCCUUCAACAAUGCUGUGUGUAGCGUCUUCAGCACGUGGCUGAGCGAGUACCCGGAGGACUUCCGCUCCAUGGGGGACGCUGCGUCCCUGCUGCGCGUGGCUCCCCUGCUGCCCAGAGACCCGGCGGGGGCCGAGCUGAGGGCGCGCGUGCUGGGGGUGGCCGAGGAGCUGAGCGAGCGGGAGUUGCUCUCCGACCCGCCCAGAGACAGGGGUCUGUCAGUGAGUUCCACAGGCGACAGGACACAGUUUGAUGCCUCCCACAUCCUGGGCUUCCCCGCCAAUGUGAUCGCUGAACAGCUCACCAAGAUCGAGACGGAGCUGUUUCUGCAGCUGGUGCCCUACCACUGUCUGGGCUCGUUGUGGUCCCAGCGGGACAAGAAGGGUCGCGAGGGCCAGUGCUGGUCAGUGCGGGAGACGGUACGGCAGUUCAACAGGCUGGCCAACGCCGUCAGUGCCUCCUGCCUGUGGCGGACGGACCUGCGCAGCCAGCAGCGGGCCCGGCUGGUGGAGAAGUGGAUCAGCGUGGCUGAGGCCUGUCGUGCCAGAAAGAACUUCUCCUCCCUCUAUGCCAUUGUGUCGGCGCUCCAAAGUAACCCCUUGCACAGACUGAGAAGGACUUGGCAGGAAACUGACAGGGAGGCGGUAAAGCGAUACGAGGAACUGUCGUCCAUAUUCUCUGAGCAAAACAACUACUCACAAAGCCGCGAGCUCCUCAAGGAGGAGGGCACUUCCAAAUUCACAAACCUGGACUCUAAGUCCAGUGCUCAGGGCACGGUGCCUUACCUGGGCAUCUUCCUCACUGACCUCACCAUGCUGGACACGGCUGUAAAGGACAAACUGGAGAAUGGCUACAUCAACUUUGACAAGAAAAGGCGGGAGUUUGAGGUUCUCGCCCAGAUUCGUCUGCUGCAGUCUUCCUGUAAGAGUAGCACCUUCACCUCAGAUGAGGGCUUUCUGUACUGGUACCACAGUGUACCCUCGCUCAACGAAGAGGAGAGCUACAGAUUAUCCAAUCAGAUUGAAGCUCCCUGUGAGCCCAGCCCUGCCCGCAGUGUGAACCCUACUGUGAUCAUCACCCAGUAUCCCAACUUAAACUCUGCUGUGUGCCGUACCUCACUGGAGGCGGACGGAUUAUUUGACUUUCCUUCACCAGUCAACCAACUCUUGUCCAAGUUGGCAAAGCACAUGAAAUCCCCAUCUGUCUCCUGCCUGGAUGUUGACUCCUCCCCUCCUGUACCAGCUGACCACACCCCCAUUGCACUGACGCCAUCCACACCUGUCAAAUCACACCGCCGGUCCGUCUCUUGCGGCAACAAUCCCACCAGUAACAACCAAGGGUCGGGGCCCGACAUGCGAAUCGUCCGGAUACGCAUGGAUCUGCAAGAUGGAAAUUUGUACCGAAGCAUUCUGGUUACGAGUAAUGACAAAACUCCCUCGAUAAUCCGCUCAGCAUUAGAGAAGCAUAACCAAGACCCCACUGAAGCCUCCAAAUACGAGCUCAUCCAAAUGCUGCCGGAGGGGAAAGAGCUGACCAUUCCUGCCACAGGAAAUGUCUUUUACGCCAUGACCUCAUCGAGUGUUGACUUCCUGCUGCGGCGACGCAAGGGAAGCCCGCCGGCCGGCUCCCCGUCCACCUCCACGGAGACCAGCGCCACCUUCCCGCGGGUCAAAAACAAAGCUCAUCGGCUGGUCCGCACACUCUUCUGAUGCUCCACGUGGUGCCCACAUCCAAGUAUUCACAAGUGGCCUACCAGGACGGGGUGUGCUCCAGGUCCAGGUCUACAGAGUGAUCCAGUUCUUCCUCAGCACAACUGUCGAGCCUAGAGGUGAAGCUAAUCAGCUGGCCUUGUGUAUGAAUGAAUGAAGCAAAGCCCUGGACUUUCCCUCUGGACCCUGACCCAUUGAAACUCUGCCAAGUACCAAGAGCCCAAGUACUGACUUAAUGAGGAAGUCAACAUAGGAGAUGUAUAAAUAGGAGUGAGACAUAUUUUUGAGGACCAGCUCAGUAUAUAUAGUAUAUAUAUAUACAUAUUUUAUUUUAAUGAAACACAUUUCAUAUGCCUUGUUUCUUUUACUAGGGACAGUUGCAAUGGCCCUAAUCGAGAGGUUUUCAUUAAGAUGGGUGAGAAGUGCAAGAGGUUCUUAGUGAAACUGUCUUGUGUCCAGAGAGCCAACUGUUUGCCUUCAGAAUCAGUCAGAGAUGGUCUUCCUCAUUCUGCAGUAGCACAGCACAGGUGAACUAACUGCAACAUUACACUAAGCUAAUGGUGAGCACUUACUGAUGGUACGGCGGACUCCUCCAGUGACAUUACCUGACCGCACUGUUCCAUACGCGACUGAAUGCCUGACCAUCCAUGUUACCAAACCAAUGUCUAAAAUAUGCAUUAUGUUUCAACUAUCGUGAAGUACAUUACAUUUCCGCAAAGUACUUGAAGCACUGCCGGCAAAGCUUUGACAAAAUAUUCAUCUGCACAGUUUUUUUAUUUAAAAAAAAUAUGCAAAUAUUGGUUUAUGUAAAAAAUACACUUGAGAGCAACACAAGCUGGUAUGUAUAUAAUGCCUUAUUUGGGGUGUAGUUGAAACUGUUGAGGAACAGUUGUCGUUGGUUUGCUGUUGGGCUCUGGUGACACCUGGCUGCCUUUUACUGUGGUGCUGUUGACGUCUCUCUCCUGAGACUGAGGCUUUAAGAAGGGCUAGGAAGAGGAGACAUUCCUGUUUCUUUGUGUGUGUGUGUGUGUUCUGUUUGUCCCCUGUUGUUGCCUGUAGUCUGUUGUGGUUAAGUGCCUUGUGUUCUCAGGUGCCCUUGCCUUCAUGCAUGCUUUGAACUGCACAUGGUCAGAGUUCAAAGGUCAAGAGUAAUUUCUGUACAGUAUAAUGCGUCUGACCAAUGAUUAUGCACUACAGUACGUACUACCUGGUAUUGAUGUACAAUAAAGUUAUGUUUUGAUACCAUA